GCGGCGCCGCGAUAGCGGCGGCGGCGGCGAAGGGAGCCGGACCGGAAGGGUCGAAUCGCCCCGGCGCCCCUCACACCCAUUGCGGCGGCGGCGGCGGCGGCGGCGGAGGCAGCGGCGGCGGCGGCGGCUGCUGCGGGUGCAGCGGGCGGGGCGGCCGGCUGAACCCGGGGCAAGAGCCGCCAGUCCGCCCGCUCGCUCUCUCCCCCGGUGCGGCGGCGGGAGGCGAGAAUCUGAUGACUGUACCAGCCUUUGGAAUAUUACAUGACACUACAUCAUGAGUGACAGUAAAUGUGAUAGUCAGUUUUACAGUGUGCAAGUGGCAGACUCAACUUUCACUGUCCUAAAACGCUACCAGCAGUUGAAACCGAUUGGCUCUGGAGCCCAAGGAAUUGUUUGUGCUGCUUUUGAUACAGUUCUUGGGAUAAACGUUGCAGUCAAGAAACUAAGCCGGCCUUUUCAGAAUCAAACUCAUGCCAAGAGAGCUUAUCGUGAACUCGUCCUCCUAAAAUGUGUCAAUCAUAAAAAUAUCAUUAGUUUGUUAAAUGUGUUUACACCACAAAAAACUCUAGAAGAAUUUCAAGAUGUGUAUUUGGUUAUGGAAUUGAUGGAUGCUAACUUAUGUCAGGUUAUUCACAUGGAGCUGGACCAUGAAAGAAUGUCCUACCUUCUUUACCAGAUGCUCUGUGGUAUUAAACAUUUGCAUUCAGCUGGUAUCAUUCAUAGAGACUUGAAACCUAGCAACAUCGUGGUAAAAUCAGACUGUACCCUUAAGAUCCUGGACUUCGGCCUGGCCCGGACAGCUUGUACCAACUUUAUGAUGACCCCAUACGUGGUGACGCGGUAUUAUCGGGCACCCGAAGUCAUCCUGGGCAUGGGCUACAAGGAGAACGUGGACAUCUGGUCUGUCGGGUGCAUCAUGGCAGAAAUGGUCCUUCAUAAAGUCCUGUUCCCAGGAAGAGACUGUAUCCUUCACAGGGAGACCCUUCAAGCCAGAGAUUUGUUAUCAAAAAUGUUAGUGAUAGACCCUGACAAGCGGAUCUCAGUGGAUGAAGCUCUGCGUCACCCAUACAUUACCGUCUGGUAUGACCCUGCCGAAGCAGAAGCGCCACCACCCCAAAUUUACGAUGCCCAGUUGGAAGAAAGAGAACACGCCAUUGAAGAAUGGAAAGAGCUGAUUUACAAAGAAGUAAUGGAUUGGGAAGAAAGAAGCAAGAAUGGUGUCGUAAAAGACCAGCCUUCAGAUGCAGCAGUAAGUAGCCACGCCACUCCUUCUCAGUCGUCAUCCAUCAAUGACAUUUCAUCCAUGUCCACUGAGCAGACGCUGGCCUCAGACACAGACAGCAGUCUCGAUGCCUCGACGGGACCCCUUGAAGGUUGUCGAUGAUGAGUUAGGAAUAGCAAGCUUGUCGUCAGUGAGGAUGUCUCGCCUCCAUGGGCCUGAAAUGCUCGGGAGUUGAUGGAACCACAUAGAAAAACCCCAUGUUCUGCAUGUAAGAAACACGACGCCUUGCCCCUGCUCAGUCCGAUAGGGUUGCCUACCUAGAUUAUAAAAUGAAGCAGGUUGUGUCUGAAGAAAAAAAGUGCAAGCCACACUUUUAGAGAUUUUGUUCAAGGUCAUUUCAGGUGAGCAAUUAGAAUGGAUGAUUUUUUUUUUAAGUUGUAUGGUAAUAGUAGUGACAAUUUCUCAUCCUCAGUAACUGUUGGGACUUAUAUGCAUGUGACCACAAAUGCUUGCUCCGACUUGCCAUCUAGCACUUUGGAAAUCAGUAUUUAAAUGCCAAAUAGUCUUCCAGGUAGUGCUGCUUCUAGAAUUAUGUCUUAAUCCUCUUAAGUACUUUGGUGUCUGUCCAAGAAAAAUCGAAUUAUGUGUAUUGAUUGGCCACCAUCGUAUUAUCAUAUCUCACCUUUUAUGGUAUGAUUUAUUCUAUCUUUUGUAUUUUGGAAGGAAUAUAAUUAAAUCUAUUUAAUAAAAAAUAGAACUUUUCUUAAAUUUGUCAUGUUUGGGGCUGAGAAUUAUCCCUGCUAAAACCAAGACUCUUACAUGCAUACUUUGUCCUCUCCAGAUCGACUUAGUCUGGGAUGGUUGUACAUUCAGCUUUACUGCAUGAUAAAAUUUUAAGUUUUGUUUUGUGCUGCUUAAGACACAUGUGCCUUUCAAAUCCUAUUUACCCUAACUCUUUUGUCCUGGUCUUCUUGACUAAUUAUUAAUUAAAAAUGCUACCUAGACAUUCACCUUCUUUAUUAGCCACCUAACAGUCCAUUUCAGUAAUAUGAUGGCAGAUGGAUCCUGAAUCCGUUACCGGCUGUUAGAGUAGAAUUUUAGGAAAUGAUCACUGAAGGUGACUGCAGGCGCCUACUCGGUGCUCGCUCUGCCCAAUACGGGACCAGCCCAUUCUGACCCUCCGUCAUUCACGGUGCACAUGACCUCACAAGGCAGCGUUUCCUUUUCCAACACAAUGUCUUUACUCGAUUUUCUUUCUUUACUGAAAGAAACCACCUAAAUCCCCCUUGGUCUGUUGUAGGAAGCAGGACUGAUUCUGAACGCUUGUUUGUUGUCCUCCACUUGGUGGAGGCAUCUCCUUUUCCUCAGGGAAAUCCAUGAAUGUUCUGGGAAAACUCUUUAGAGGGACACGGAGAAAAUGCCCAAAGGAGUAGUGAUUAACUAGUGACUAUUUCCAGAUUUAAAACUGCUCACCUGAAAUUGAUACUUUCAGAAUUUUUGAUGUGGAAAUUAUUCAAAAUUCACUAAGAUGCUGUGGAUUGAAGUGUCACUGCAGAAAUGGAGUUGUGGUGGUCACACUUUGGCUACCUGUGCUCACAAUGCUUUUCCCUUGAGCUUAUUCUGUUACAGAUUCAUAUCUUGUGUUUAAUUAUUUUGGAAGCUGUUGGGUCAGUAUUCUAUAAAAUUGUUCUGAGGAGGAACUUUGAUAAGAAAGUUUAUUAUAAAUAUUAUCUACAAUAUAUGAUUCUCUCUGACCCAGUUGUAUUUUACCGGUUGGUCUUAUCACUGGAAAGUGGAACCUUUGAUGAGCAAAAUUAAUAUUGAAAUAAUAAAUCAUUUUAUAUUGUGAGGCUUAGACACAUUCAAGUAUAAGAUGGAAACACUAACUUGGACUGAGGCAGAAACAUCUGUUACAGGACUGGAGACAAUUUUGGUUUCAGAGGCCUGAUGAUAUAGUGAAGAAAGUUACCACUAUACAUAUAAAAGCAUUGUAAAGUGGCCUUCUCUCUAACGUACAUUCUUUUAAAAGACUUUACUAAAUUUAUCUUUAAAAAGAAAAAGAGAAGGGCUGAGGGCGCACUGCAGCCCCACUUUCCCAGGUGCCGCUGGUACGUGGAGCUGGGCGACCCACAGAUUGGCUCCCUGCUCUCAUUGCUCUGUGCAUUCACGGAGGGAGCCUGCGUCAGUCCGGUCGGGUUUCCUGCUAAGGCCACCUUCCAUCGGGUGGCGGCAAGUGCACCUGGGACAGGCCACAGGCUGCAGAUGCAGAGCUCCGUGGGAACGCCUCGCGGCUCCCGGGUACCUGCUCCUGAGCGAGCUGUGCCGAGGUCCUGGUGCAGGGCACAUGGGUUCAAACUGGUCACUAUAGAUGAAUGCCGAUGUGGAUAAGAACUGAAAAUGUGCUCAAUUUUCAUCUUCUGUAUUUUAUUUUUGUAAUUUAUAUUGUACACAACCCUGGAAGUAACUAUUUUGGACACAUAUUUUUAUAAACCAGGUAAUUUAUUAUUAGCCUGGAAUUUGUUUGGUGGCUUCGUUUUCAGUCAAAUUGGAAAUGACUGCCUCCUCUAUGCCGGGUCUUGACUUCAAGCGCAGGUCCAGAGAACAGACAGAGUCUGUCAGAGGGGCGAGCAUUCUAGAAGCACGUGCUGAUCAGCUGUGGCCCUGGAGAUGAACGUACAACUCAGGCCUUAUCUUUCGAAUGAAAGGCUCAGAGCCGCAGGGCUGAAAGGAGAAGCCCUCAGCGGGGCCAGUCGCCCACAGCCAGGCCCUAGCCAGAAGGCUGAAUGCGAUGCUGGUUCCUCCGGAUGUGAGGCUGUGAGGCCCAGUGGUAACGACCUUUGGGGUGUCCGCUGAUUGCUAAUGUGACGCCCCCUGGUGUUUCAGAUUGGUAGUAAAUACAGGUGUGGCCUUUCAGAUCGCAUCUCAAAAGUAACAUUGCCUAAUGUUUUAUAAUAAAAUAUAUUAUGUGUGUUUUGAUUGGUGAAAAUAAUACAGAUACAUUUUAAAAGAGACGUGUAUAGCAUGUCCAAUUAUUGUGUGUUUUUAAGUGACAAUUGACUGUAUAUUUCUACAUCACCAUCUCUAAUUACAGAUUUAACGUAAACAUG